AUGACUGGUUACGAUGACUCUAAGUAUAAUAUCACUGCUACUACUACUACUACUACUAUCUAUCGUUGUUGUCUAUUAUUAUUACUACUACUUUCUAACUGUUUACUUUUUUGUGUUGUGUGGCUGCCUAUUUUUAAAACAUCCACCAAACAAUCAAUCCAUCACAGUUUACUUUCAGGUUUAACUUCAUAUUGUAUUACUAUAUCUCCUACUAGUAUCAUCUCAUCUCAUCACAUCUCAUCAUUUGAUUCUUUGAUUCCAUUCAUCCCUAAUCAAUCAAUCAAUCAAUCAAUCAAACUUAUCAUAGCAUAG